AUGCAGUCGAUUGUCGUCCUCGCCCUCCUCGUCGCCUCUACCCAGGCCUUCCUUUUCGGUCCAGGAGGACUUUUCGGAGCCCCAGCUGGAGGAUGUGAUCCAUGCGCUGCUGCCAGAGCCUACCCACAACAACAGCCAGCCUACCAACCACAAUACCAACAACCAGCUUAUCAACCACAAUACCAACAACCAGCUUAUCAACCACAAUACCAACAACCAGCUUAUCAACCACAACCAGCUUACCAAACUGCUCCAGCUCAACACUACCAACAACCAGCUCCAGUUCAAAACUACCAAACCGUCUCUGAGCCAGUCGCUCAAACUUCCGGAGGAGCUUACGCCCAGGCCCCACCACCACCACCACCAUCUUCCUACGCCACCGGAGCUGCCUCUGCCGGAUACAAGAGAUUCCAUUAA